UCGAGAUUCGUGAAAACAGGCUAAAACUCCUCUGUGUCCGACAGGUCCGACCUAUAGACGGUGCUCUGAAUGUUCAGAACUGCUCUAACGAGGUUUCAGGACAAGUGGAGGUCGUACAGACACAGGUUCGUGCCUUGGGUUGUACUCAACUUGUCUAAAAAUGAGAAAACUCUGCGGCAGGUGAAGGAGAGCUCGAAAGACAAACUGGUCCCGGACGAGGAGGUCUCUCAGAGGCUGCUGGAGCUCUUCAGGCUCCUGCUCAGGAGUCAGCGGGCUCAUCAUGGGGCUGCUCAAACUCACUUUCUCAGUGAAGACCAGGCUGGUGGAGGACACCCAGUGUGUGGACAUGAUGCCAUGGUACAGUCUCUGGGAUUCUGCAUAGACCGGAGGCCCAGCACUUUGCCCUCUGCAGGGACCGGAGUGUUUGUCACCAGAGGAUUUGUGCCCAGAGGAGCUACAGUUGCCAUGUACCCUGGCACUGUCUAUCAAGCCUAUGAGCCAAUUCUCCUCCAGUCCAUCAGAAACCCGUUUGUGUUCAGGUGUAUUGAUGGUGUCUUGCUUGAUGGGAAUGACAAAGGUAUCUCCAGAAUGGUGUUCAGGUCAUGCAGUGGCAGGGACAGAAUAGGACCUUACAUGAUGAGUGACACCAGCUGGCUGACAGAUAGUCCAGGAAACCCUCUUGCUGUGGGUCAGUACGUGAACAACUGCUCCAAUGAGUGGCCUGCUAACGUGUGCUAUCAGGAGUAUGAUGUGCCGGAGCAGUUCCCCAUCGAGCUGCGCCAGUAUCUGCCUAAUGUCAACUACAGCCCGGACACACACAGGCCUCUGCGCUGUGUGGUCCUUGUGUCACUCAGAGACAUUACAGCAGGGGAGGAACUCUUCUCCAACUACUUCACCAUUGUGCAUUAGAGUCCAAGUACACUCCACUGAGAAUGUUUUUCAAAUUCAAACAAUAUUGUCAUUGUCUGUCUUCCACAUUUAAAAUCUAUCUUUGUACACUUGAAUAAAGGUGAAAUGUGUCUUGAA